AUGAAGAUCUCAAGGACAGGCAUCAACCAUGGCACAAAGAGGCCAAAGCCUAUUUUUUCCAUAGAUGUGUCUGGAGCAUGUGUUGCUACGGCAUCUCUUGACGGGGAGAUAAGGCUGUGGAACGAGAAGCAUGAGCAUGUUGGGACCGUCAAGAAGCACAGAGGCGCUGUGUUGUGUGUUAGAUUCAGCGCCGAUGGGAGUUUGUUUGCCUCGGGAGGGGACGACGGGGCGGUUUUUGUGCAUGAAAGGAACGGAGAUGUUGUUGCAUCUGCGUCUGAGCACGAAAGUGAUGUUAGCAACGUGGUAUGGACGGACAGGUUUCUUGUGAGUGUUGGGUACGACGGAUAUGUUGUACUCUACGACCUGAAGUCAUUUGGAGCAGCUAGGAAGAUGAAGUCUCAUGAGGGGCAGAUUAAGGGGGUUUCAGUAGACAAGAGCUUUAGAUACAUGUGUACGCAAGGAGAUGACGGGAUCGUCCUAUACGAGGACUUUGAGAUUGUCAAGAGGAUGAAUGCUUCGGAAGGUGUGAUUCUCGAGUCUUUUUUUUCCAGAAUGAGCUGGACACCGGAUGGAGAAUUCUUUGCAUCUGGGCUGUCAUUCAACAAGAAGUACAACACCAUUGAGAUUUUCAGCAAGGAUCUUCGGAACGAGUGCUCGCUUAUAGGGCAUGCGGCACCGUGCGAAGUUGUGGCAUUCAACCCGAAGGUGUACAAAGGAAAUAGAAAGUACUACAUUGCUGCGGUGGCAUCACAGGACCUGAGCCUGUCUCUAUGGUGCUCUUUGUCUCCAAGGCCGUUUCUGCUGGUUAAGAAUCUGACAGAGCUGCCUGUGUUGGAUAUGCGUUGGAGUGAGGAUGGGAUGAAGCUGCUUGUAUGCUCAUACGGAGGGGAGGUUGUCCAGAUCGGCGUGGAGGAGGGAGACUUUGGAAGAGCCUGGGAGGAAGAGGAGGAGGUCGAGGGAGAUAUCUUCUUCUCUGUAGAAAACAGAGAUAUGCUUGAGAGGAGAAGGGGAAGGCCGCUGGAGAGAAACGAGGAUGGCGAAGGCAGGAGUGCCAAGAAGGUUGUAAGGCCUGUUGUGAUAUCGUUGGACACGGCUGAGUCAGAGGAGAAAAUAAGAGGAAUUGAGGUCAGCACUGGGCACUCAUAUCUUGCAAUAUUCAACUACACCAACAAAAAGCUGAUUGAAAAGACUGGAAGCAGCCAAAUGUCUCGGUGCUUUGGAGACUUCAGCAUUGAGCUCGGUAAGGAUCGGGGGUUUGUCUCUGUCAAGAGAGGCUCCAGAGAGUUUUACAAGAUACACGGGAGCAUAGACAUGAUGUGUGUGAACAGGAGAUAUCUGUGUCUGUACACAGGAAAGAUACAGCUGUACCAUUUCAAGACAGGAGUCCUUGCGAUGCCGUUUAUCUGUGCCGGUGAUGUUGUGAUGAUGGAUAUCCUUGGGAAGAAGCUGGCAUAUCUCCAGGCAGAUGGAUCGUACACCGUGGUUUCCAUUGACAAGUGCAAGAUAGGCACCCAAGGAAUGCUCCCCAGGACUAACGACCUGCUGUCUCUGAGGCUGGACAGAAAAUACUUCCUGGUGGCUGGGUUUCCAGACGAAGAGUACUUCCUUGUGAAGAAAUCCGGGAUCUGGUUCCUGAAGACCCCCGCAUACAACAGCAUCUGGACAACGGAUACCGACCUGGCGCUUGAACACGAUGAAACACUUGCGCACCUUGAAAACGAGUUUCUCAUAUCAUGCCUGGCCAAUGACAGGAAAAGACUGCUGAAGACCCUAGGAAGAAUCACCAGAGCUGCCUGCAGAAUGAAGAAAAUGGCAGACUUUGUAGAGCUCAAGCUGAAGAAUAUUGUCAGGAUGCUGCUGGAUGUUGGAGAAAGGCCUCAAGCAAUCAGGAUGCUGGAAAGGAUGAACACUAACUAUGCAUUGCAGCAGUUUGUGUUUAUGAUGCUCAAGGAGAUAGGAACAAUAUGA